AUGUCGGCGCAGUACGACUUUGCACGGCCUACCAAGCCGCUCUCGUUCGCGGCACUCCCAAGUCCCAUCCCUACGUCCCCCCGUCCACUGCACACCUCGCGGUCCUUCACCGCCAAUCCCCUCAAAACCUCAGGGUUUUCCUCCGACCGGGACGCCAGCGGACACCUCGACAUCAAGCGCCUUAUGAGCAAGCCCGCGAAGCAGAAGCAGACGCCGUCCGGAUCCUGGUCCAACGAAGCCUCGUCCAGCCGCGCGCACUCUGCGUCGCACCGUCCAAGCGAGCCCAACGUCUCCCGUCCGCCGCUCUCGCGAAGCGCAACGGCCUCCCGUGAGAAGCUCUCGCUCAGUGUGAGCACGUCAGGUCUUCGCUCGUCCUCAGCGCCCGGCCACGGUCGCACGUCGUCGUCACCGGACCGUCGCCCGUUCCCCUCCGACGGCGCCCCUCAACCCAACGGGAAGCCGCGCGCCGUGCUUCGUCGGCGGCCAAGCGCACGGUCGAAUCCCGCCGCGCCCGUUGCAGCGCAGGUCCGCUCGGCGUCCGAUGACCCGCGCUCGGCGUCUGCCUACGCUUCGAGCAAGCCCACGGUCGUUUAUGGAGACACCGUCUUCGCCAUGUACUCUCCACCCCCCUCCUCCACCACCCGCUCCGUCAACUCUUCGCGCACAGGAGAGUCGCCAUCCUCACGGCGUACAUCGACGGCUGCCGCGCUCACACCGGCCAGUGCUGUCGCCCUUGCAUACAAGCAGCAAGCGCAAAGACGAGAAGAGUUGGCCGAGACCGCGUCCUACAGCGAGCAAACCCCGACCCCACCUUUCUCUCGCCGCCGCUAUGAGUCCGCUAGUGAAGGCGCGAAUCGCGACGAUCGGAGCGAGGAAGGUGUCGGUGCAUAUUAUACCGUCUUUGGAGGCAAUUCCGGUCGAUUGGUGGCGGUGGGCGGUUCAGAGGACGACUUGAACGGACCAGUCCUCCAUAAAGCGCGCACUUCCUCCGGUGGUGCACGUGGUCUGACACGGAAAGUCUCGGGCUCAUUGAAGAAGGUCGCGGGUCAAAUCAAGCGAGAACUGGAGUUAAGGGAGAGCGAAAAGGAGUUGCGCGUCGCUCUCGGCGCGCAGUCGAGUGCGGAGGAGUGGGCGCCAUACGACGGGUCGAAUGUGGGGCAUGGACGCGGCUCGCGCAUGUCAACGUCCGCGCGGAGGCCGAUCGUCCUCGAUACGGCUGUCCACGAAGGACGCAGUCCGCGGGACUCGCCCGUCAAGUACAGCCCGGAAAUAAAGAACAGCGCAUCACCUCAGGACGACGCGGGUGACCGUGCGAAGACGAAAGGCAAGGAUGGGGAGACAUCGCCAGGCGCGAAGUGCACCGGAGGCUUGCGCGACAAAUACCAACAGCCACUGGAGCCACCUCCCCCAGUCCCCGCUCUUCCAAUCAACGCCGGGUCGCCAUCCCCGACGAGGACCAUGGACAUUCCGAGCCCAACCCCAAUGGUAGAGCAGGUCAGCGAGAACGGGGUGCUGCUACGCAGAUUCAUGCAGUCGCGCGCGUCGAUGUCUGGGGUUCGACCUAGCCUUGCGACACCGCCCAAGACGCCGCCGGCUGGCUCGCGACCCCACACCAGCGGCUCCUCGUCAUCUCGCCCGUCGACUACUGGGAAUGCGCCGAAAACCAGAGCCAGCAUCUCCGGGCACAGACCAACCACGACAUCAUCACCAGACAUGACGGGCGUCGGCUUCUUCCACAGCCAUCGAGCACCAUCCACCAAAUCGUCUUUCUCAUCCUGCGGAGAUGAUAUUCCUCCCGUGCCCAAGCAUAUCGGCCAGCACAUCCUGCCUCCCAGCGAACUGUCUCGCAACAUAAUGAAGGCUUCGUCAGAGCUGUUCGCCCGCCCCCUGCCCAAGUCUGCAAGUCGCUCUCAUUCGGCCCCUGCCGACGACCCCCCACGGAGGUUCACCACGUCAGCCGUCCAGAACGUAUUGUCCCUCCCUCUCCCUCCCCGACGCUCCGCCACCGCCGGGUCGAUGUCCACUUCUCCGAUUGCUCCCAGCUUCAACGUGGAGGAGACGAUCGACAGCCUGAUGCCCCCCGCCAACCCGCUUCCUCUUACGGACUCCCGCCGUGGGGUACCCCCGCCGGCCGUGGAGGUUCCCUCGCGGACGCAGUCGACGUCGAUGAGCCUCCCGCGCUCCCCACCGACGCCGCGGGUGGUGCCGGCUGUAUACGUUGACACGACGGAUCUCUCUCGGCGGCCUUCGACUGGCGCGUUGAGCUACGCGUCCACCGCGCGGCCGUCAACGGUGCAGUACCCAGGGCGGAUGUCGUCACCGCAGUCGGCGUCGCAGAAACGGUCACCGUUGACGUUCCGGGAGAUGUCGGAGAGCCCGCGGCAGAAGCUGUCCGAGAAGGAGAAGGCAGACAAGUGGGAGGACCUGCUCUUCCGGAGCGCGCAGGCCGGUGGGACGCUCCGCGUCGGGGACUCCCACCUGAUGAGCGAGGACGCGUCGGAGACGGGUUCGGUGUCGAUGCUGCACCUAUCCGACUCGGACUAG